AUGGAAAGAACAAAACAUACGACAGUGAAGUCACCUGAUUAUCAUAGCAAAUGCAACAACCAUGGUAAUCAUGAUAAUCACAGCAAUAACAAUGCCCAUUUGACUUGUUACAAUUGUGGAGAACCUAGACAUAUCUCAUGCAAUUGUAUGUCAGAAAGAACUCAAAACCAAAAUCGGCCCCAAACACAAAAUCGAGUGACACCUCAAGUCCAGCCUCAAGUUCAUGUAAAUCAUGCCACAACACCAACCCAGAUUCUCCCCUGUCUAAGGGAUGCCAAUCAUAUAAGUAUAGUCAACAAACAAGAUGAAAACAUUGAUGAAAAUGAAGCCUUUAUUGCUCCUGCCAUUCAUCAUUAA